AUGGUGAUAGGACGGCCAUGGAGGCAGAACCCCGAAUUUGGCGCAGGAGGGGGUUCUUCUCCCUUUCUACGGAUAUUAUCGGGUGUCUUUUGGCAUUCGGGAACCCCAAGGUCCCCUUUUCGACACUCCGACGCAUGGAGUCAGGGUCUUUUGGCUCACUAUGAUGUACAAAAGUACUUCGUAUACAACACUCUGUCACAUGACUACAAGGUCCCUGGCAUUCUACACUCUCGUAUACCAUGGAGGGGCAUGUCCUGGUGCCUGCAAACCAUGACCGGGAAUAAAAGAACGAACCCGAGAGACGUCACCCGUCUCUCCGGUAAACCACUUGCUGAGACGCUGGAGCCAGCUUCGGUUUUGGAGACCAACACAGAACCAUGGGUCACCUCGCAGGACCUGACCGAAUAUGGUCUUUCCUUCAAGCCAGAGGUCAUCCUAGACAUGACUUUGUUUCUUCUGGCGAACCCCAACAUGAGCUCAAGCCAUCUGUACCGGGCAGAUAUCCUCUUCGAUAGCUUGGGUGUAUUGAAAACACCACAGCAGAAAGAACAGUCCUUCGCUCAGGCUGGAAACAGCAAUCUCGAGACCACCGUGGCUGCCGAUGAGAACGUGGAACCCAUCACCGCAAGAGAAUUUUCCGGGUUCACUCUGGUCAGGACUGUGGUGAGGAGGCUCGUCCCCAGGAAUCCAAACCUAGACCGGGUCAUGGACCAGACCUGCCAUUUCUACGAGGCGAACACACCUCCUCAACGCACAGAUAAGUCUGCAGACUCAGAUGCGCAACCCAUCAACCGGUCUCUUGUCAUCUACACUCCACACAUCACCUCCAAGGAGGACAUGCCCUUCUACCACCCUCUCCUUCGUUCCCUAGCCUUCCUAUACGACUACAACCCCAACACACCAGAAACCGCCUCAGGCCCUGGCACAAUGUCCAUCCACUUCCUCCAAUUCCCAGACGAACCCAUCCAAAACCGUCUGGAACGCACACUCCAAGCCCUCCUCACCAUCCAAAUCCGCCUUGCUCGCGGCACCCGCCUAACAGGUAAGCCAGAAGGCGGCAGCCAGAACCCCGUGAAAGACAACGUGAUCCCCCAACAUCUGGUCCAAAACACCUACACCCGCCUAAAAGCCAAAUACGCCUCCGAGCUCUGCCAAAACUGGGUCGAAAGCACCGAGCCCUCCAAGCACGUCUUCGAGGACCUCUCCAUCACUGCGUUCCUCAUCGAACUCUGGCGAAGCAUGUACGGCGCGGUCCCAGCCGACGAACAGAACACCACCACCACCACCACCACCACCACCGACCAAGACCCCCCCAAACGCCCCUUCCCCGGCUUCGUCGACGUCGCCUGCGGCAACGGCGUCCUCGUCUACGUCCUCCUCAUGGAAGGCUACACGGGCUGGGGCUUCGAUGCCCGCCGACGCAAGACCUGGAGUAUAUUCCCAGAGUCCGUGCGAUCCCGGCUCCACGAAGAAAUCUACAUCCCUGAACCCUUCGCAACCGCAACACCCUCCCUCCUCGACCAACUCACCAUCAAAUCCCACACCGGCACCUUCCCAAAAGACACCUUCAUCAUCUCCAAUCACGCAGACGAACUCACCGUCUGGACGCCCCUAAUGGCUCUACUCCUUAGUCCGGAAUCUCCAUCCCCGUUCAUCGCUAUCCCGUGCUGCUCGCAUUCCCUCUCUGGGGCGAAAUUCCGGUACCCGCCUCCCAAGGCUCCCAAAGUCAAGUCGGACAAGAAGGACCCUGUCUCGUUGGCAGAAGGGACUGAAGCUGAAAACCCCGCGUCAGGAGAUCUCAAAUCCCUUCGGAAGGAAAAGCAAGAUGCUCAGCAAACGGAGGCUGGUUUCCUUAAGUCCAUGUAUGGCUCUUUGACUGCGAAGACGAUGAGCGUGGCUGAAGAGAUCGGGUACGAGGUGGAGAGGACCUUGUUGAGGAUCCCUAGUACGAGGAAUAUGGCUGUUAUUGGGGGACGGAAGCGGACGACGCAGGAGUGGAAGGAUGAGAGCCAUGGGGUGGAUGCUGAUAUUAAAGGGGAUGGGAAUGGGGAGGCGGUCUUGGAACGAGUGAUGGAGGUUGUGCGGCGUGAAUGUUCGCGCGAGGGUGGUGUGGAUGAGGCGGCGAAGAUCUGGGUUGAGAGGGCCAAGGGGUUGAAUAAGGGGUCUGGAUCGGGGAAGCAAGGUGGUCAUUGA